GCCCGGGGUGGGGGCGGAGCUGAGACAGGUGAGUGGACUUUAACUUGAGAGAGGAGAAGCUGAAGUGUGCAGAGCUGUACAGAGAGAAGAUCCUGGAACUGGUUCGAGAGAGCAAUUACAGACUUCCAGCAUGUCAAGGAAGAAGGACAGCAGCCCGAGCCAGGCAACCAACCUCACCGUUCUGGUUAACCGUCUGCAGGAUUAUUCAGACCAGGUGGAAAAGAACAUACUGAUUUCUGAUGAGCUGCUAAAUGAGGACUCAGAGAAUGGGAGACGUGGUCUGGCUCUCACUCGACAGAUCGAGACGGCAGACAAUCUGGCUAAGGCAGAGACACUGCUGAAGCAGCUGUUCAUGGAUGUGGACAAAGUGAAGAGGCUGAUGCACCCGCAAGCUGAUGAGAUUGAAUAUGAUGUGAGUCAGAUGCAUGAUCGCUGGUCUAAAAACUGCAAAAGGUACCGUGAUCUCUACAAGCAAGGUCAGGAGCUGGACCUCCCGCCCCAGUUCAACUGGACUCAUCUGAUUUCCUCCAAACGGAAACAGAUCCAGAACGAGGAAUACGGCCCGAACCUUUCUGACCUGGAGAAGCAGAUAGCAAGCCACAACAUCCUGCAUAAGGAGCUCGAAGCGUUCCAGUCUCAGCUGGACUCAGAGGAUCUGAAUCAGUAUACACGCCUCAUGGAGGAUUCACUGAAGCGUAAGAACAACCUGUCCUCUCUGUAUGAUUACAUCCUGCGCUGUAAUAAAGAGGUCAGCUAUUUUACCGAGCAGCAGGACCGCAUUCGCAAAAACGACUGGAGCGACCUGAUCAGGGACUCGGCCGGACUGCGAUCCGACUCCGAGAGGUUAAAGAGCAACGGCAUUCUGACCCACGAGACUGAAGUUACCAAGCUGAAAAAGGAAGCAGAAAGCCUGGUGGACGCGAACCAUCCCGGCUCCAAUGUUAUUAAGAAACAUAAUACUGAAGUCCAGAAGGAGUGGAAGAGAUUCCUCAACCUCUACGCCUGCCAGGAGACCCAUCUGGACAACGUGGAGGUUUACAAAAAGUUCCAGCUGGACGCUGAGACGGUCUCCGAGUCUUUGAAGAGGAUCAACAGCACCAUGGAGCCGUCACUGCUGUCCAACAUGAGCAACUCGCAGAUCCUGAUCCAGCUCGAGGGGGAGGAGAGAGCGGUUCAGAGGAACGAGCGCAGGCUGGUGGAGCUGAGAGAUAUGUGCACCAAGGUUCCCCCUCUGCCACUGCGCAGGGCUCAGAACGGAAAACAUCCUGUGGUGGCCCUGUGUGACUGGAAGACUGAUAAGGCAUCAGUCACUCAAGGGGAGAAAUACACUCUGUUGUCCUGCCCGAGGGACGAAUGGUGGGAGGUGAAGAACAACUUCGGAGAGACAAACCUGAUGCCUGGCGUUUGCUUCAUCAUUCCUCCUCCUGACACUGAGGCCAUCGAACGUGUCGACAGCCUGGAGCGGGAUUUUGCUGGGCUGAAGAGGAGAAGAACAUCUCUCCAGGCCUCUGUAAAGACCCCUAGUGUAGAGGUCGUCAAGGUUGUUCGAAGCGUGAGCGUGUCCAGUACUCCUGAGGAUUCCCGGCCCGGUGCUGCGUCCAACCGUCUGGACCGGCUCAUCGCCGAUCUCCUUCAGUUAGAGAAAGAGGUGCUGGGAAGACUGAGAGCUCCUCUGUCUCGAGCCGAUCACUCAGGGGACCUCGUAGCCCGAAUCCGCGAUCAUGAGAGGGCAGUCACGACUCUGAGGCAGCUGGAGGCAGAGAAGGCGUUGAUUCAAAAAGAACUUGAGCCUCUUCUCUCCAGUAAAUCUCUGGGCUCCAACGUAGUGUCGUAUCAUCCCAAACUCAGCACUGCAACUAACAAGAUCGAGGACCUCAAUGCCCUCACUGAGCUCUACGGCAAAAAGGCCAAUGCUGUAAAAUCUUUGGAGAACCAAAUUAAGUAUGUAGGCAUGGGUCUGUUCGAGCUCGAGGAACAACUGGCUCGGGACACGGUCAUCUUUGACAAGCCUGGUGCCAUUCAGGACCAUGUUUUAAUGCUGGGGGAAAUUAAAAGUGACGUUGCAGCCAGGCAGGAGGACAUCCAGAAACUGAACAAUGACCUUGAGCUCACUGAGCAGCUGUGUGGACAUCUGCAGAAGAGUUUCCAUGAGUACUGCCCUGACAUUUACCGACAGGAAACCGAGGUCAGGAACCUCAGGAACCGGUAUGCCAACAUCAGCCACCAGCUACGGCAGAGGUUGGUGCUGAUGCUGGAGGUGAAAAAUAACUACCAAAGUUUCAACAGCACUCUCCGUUCCCUCAACCUCUUCCUGAACGACCUGCCGAGCAACAAGAUACUUCCAGAAGACACCGUGACUGAAAUCGCUGCCAAGCAGAACUCGCAGAAGUGGGUUGUGGAAGAACUGAAGAGAAAAUCGGACGACAUUAGCCGAGUUACGUCCCUCUCUCAUGAGCUGCAGACCACCCUUAAGGAAUACGAGGCCAUUACCUACAGGUACCGUAACACGGUAGUCAACGAUGAGACGGAUAUGAAGAAAUGGCACUCUCUCACUUUUUCUGAAGCUAUCCAGAACAAGGAAAGAAGCAUUGUCAAACGAUACUACGAAUUGUUGGCAGAGAACAUCCAACUUUUUGACCAAAUGGGACUGGCCCAGAACAUGAUCAAUAAGAACGAAGUCAUUGUGAGCCGAGUCGUGAUGUACGAGCAGAGAGAAAUGGAAGAGGUUGAGGGCCUGAAGAAAGAGCUGGCAGACGAGAUCUCCCGCCGCAUUCACGCCGAUAACGAGCUGGAUUCUUUCCGAAUGAGGCUGCUGUCCCUCAAAAGCCGGCGUGGAGUCGAGCGGGUGGAAGAAAAAGAGACCGUGCACUACUACCGCAAUCCCAAGCUGGAGGCCGACCUAGUAGUGAUGAAGAAAUCGAUCAACGACGAGAUCUCUAAGCACUCUGUAACUCAGACCGAAAUGGAAAUAAUCCAAAAGAAAAUCAAAACGGUGGAGCAUGACCUUUCCAUCAUCAAACCAAAGCUGUUAACCAAGGUGAUGACCGAGUACUCGAGGGACCCUCAACUGGAAAAAGAGAUUGUGCACAUCAGAGAAGAGAUGCGGCGGAUUAGAGAGGAAAUCCGAAUACAGGAAACGGAAAUAGUCCAGAGGAGCACGGAAAUCACUUUCCUGGAGAGAAAGGCGCCAGUAAUUAAAGAAAGAGUGGUAAAGAAGGAAGUGAUCAAAGUGGAGAAAGAUCCUGAAAUGCUCAAAGCUGUUAUCAGGUUCAGAGAGGAAAUCUCUGAUCUAGACUUCAGGUCCAAAAGCUUAAGUGAGGAAAUCUUCCACUUGAGGAGCCAGAUCAACAAACUGGAAAUGCUGAUUCCCACCAUCCAACCUAAGAUAGUCAUAAAGGAGACAAAGAAAGUAGAACAAGACGCAAACCUCAUCAAAGAAUUGAAGAUUCUCCACACGAGCCUAGAGGAGAUUGUCACUGAAAUAAGCAUCUUGCAGAAAGAGAUUAGCACGCUACAUGUUCAGUAUAGCCACGUAGAGACAGUAAAACAAAGAAUUGAGUUCAAGGAGAUCAUUAAUGAAAGCUAUAGAAUCGACCCUGAUACUGAGGCAGAAAUCAGGCGCUUGAGGAAAGAGAUUCAGGAAUGGGUGGCGAAGCGUACUGAAAUCGAGAACAAGCUUACUGUGGUGAUGGUGGAUCUUAAGACUAUGCGUUCCCAGAAACCCAGGGUGGAAGUCAAAGAAUCUGUAAAGGAAAUUAUAAAAGAAGAGAAGAGUCCCGAAAUUAUUCAUGAGAUCACCAGAAUGAAAGAACUUCUGACCCGGCUACGAGCCAAUUACCAAUCGAUUCUGGAGAAGCAAACCAUUCUAUACAAACAAAGAGAUGAGUUGAAGAUGGAGAAAUCCAAGAUCGAGGUACAAGUUGUUACAAAGGAAUACAUCAAAUAUGAAAAUGAUCCUUUGCUUGAGAAAGAAGCUGAACAUUUGAGAAAAGAGUUAAAUGAAGAACUUCGGAUCUGCCGCAUUGUAGAGGAGAACCUCUACGAUCUACGCCAGAAGUACGUCAUGUUGGAGAAACAGAAAGUAGAAGAGAAGAUCACAUACCAGGAAGUCGUACGUCUUCAGAAGGACCCGAGCCAAAUAAUCGAGCAUGAACGGUUGAAGAAGAAGCUCGACGAAGAAAUGCGGAUGCGUUUGGAAUUAGAGGCUGAAGUAAAAAAAUGGAGAGCCAUUGUUCUGGAAAAGGAAAAGAGCGUGACUCAGACAGACGUUCGGCAAAAGAAGGUUCUUGUCGAGACCGAACUUAGGCAAAUCAGGUCCCGAAUUUUUGAAUUUGAAAAAGCUCCACCCCCUGAGGAAAAGGUCAUCAUUGAGGAGGUCAUCAAAGUAGAACGAGAUGCCAAAAUGGACCAGCAAAUCAACAACCUCCGUAUCGAGACUGAACAAGAGAAUGCCAGGGUCCUUGCCAUGGAAAGAGACAUCCGAAACCUCAAGAUCAAGGUUGAAAGCCUUACGAAAGAGAAGUCUGUGGAGAAGACGGUCUACAAGGAGGUAAUCCGGUUCGAGAAAGACCCAAGUGUUGAGAUUGAGAAUGAUCGUCUGAGAGCCCAAUUAUCUCAGAUCCGGAGUGCCAGACGGAAUCUAGAAGAGGAAAUCCAACGCAUCAACAUUAAGGUGACCCGUAUUCAAACCUCGGUAACCAAUUUUUCCAAAGAGGAGACUACACUGAUUUCCACACGAGAUACCCUGCUGAAAGAAAAGGAAGAGCUUCUUCGGGAGUUCAAGAGGUUGGAAUCUGAAAGGCAAGAGAUCUCUGUAACAUUCCAGCAACAUACCAAAGUACAAAGUGAGAGGACUCAGUUAUACAAGCAAAGGAUGUUAAAGUUGGAAUCUGACAUUAAGACCCUGGAAAAGGAGAUCCUUUCUGAGAAAGAAAAACUAAAUCAAAGGGAGAUCACCAUCAUUGAACUGCGAGAGGCAGUGAAAAAAGAAGAUAAUUCCGAGGUACACACAAGAGAAACCACAAAAUCGACCAAAAUCACCAUUCUGGAUCCAGAGACUGGGAAGGAUAUGUCACCUUAUGAUGCGUAUAUGCAAGGUUUUAUUGACCGGAGCCAGUAUAUCCACCUGCAGACACUUGAAUGCAGUUGGGAGGAGGUGAUUAGUAGUGGGCCUAAUGGUGAGACUAUUAUUCUACAGGAUCGCAAAAGUGGGAAAAAGUACUCCAUCAAAGAGGCAAUGAUGGAAGGGCGAUUGACUCAGUAUGAUCUUCAGCAGUACAAGGAUGGCAAAAUGCCCAUCUCUGAGUUUGCUCUGAAGGUUGCAGGGGAAAAGCAGAUCAGGUCAGUAACCUCGACCUCCUCGGUAAACACCUACAGCACUUCACUAACUCGUAAAAGCUCGCUAUCCACGAGCACUAGCAACUUAAGCAUCGUCGGCAACAUCGAAGAGAACUUCCCCAUCUCUGGCAUUUACGACAACACGACGAAAAGCCGCAUGUCUGUGAGAAGCGCCACGACCCGUAAACUGAUUGACCCAGACACAGCUUUGAAGCUUCUGGAAGCACAAGCAGCCACAGGAGGGAUUGUGGACAUCAGUAAAAAGGAGCGCCACUCGGUACACAAAGCAGCAGAACGGGGACUCAUCGAGCCAAACCUAUUGCCCAAGCUCAUCAGUGCCCAAAAGGCAUUCACAGGCGUCGAAGACCCCUUGACCAAAGAGCGCCUGUCAGCAGGGGAGGCUGCACUAAAAGGCUGGAUCCCGAGCGAGAACGCCAGGCGAUAUCUGGAAGCCCAGCUUCUCACGGGUGGCCUGGUCGACCCCAAGAGGGCCGGUCGAGUCAGCUUACAGAAUGCCAUUAAUGCAAAUCUAAUUGACCAAAAAAUGGCGCGAGAGAUCGAAGAUGAUGACAAAAUGCUGAAGGACUUAAUCAACCCAAUUACGAAGACCAAAAUGACGUACAAGGAACUCAUGGCACUGUGUGACAAGGAUCCAUCGACCGGACUCCUCCUGCUUCCAGUGGCAUCUAACGAUAUAACUGAUUCCUACUCGUUCUCCAGCUACCAGGUAUCUUCUUCCAGAAUUUAUUAGGUGCAGGUAAUGCUUACCUUCAGAAAAUAUAUGAACAAAUCAUAGAAAAUGUUGGUGGUGUAGGUUUUUGGGUUUGAUGCUCUGAAAAUGAAGGAUCUUCUGGCUACUUCAUUUCCUUUAUGAUGUUUUAUGGUGUCAUGAUACAUAUUUUGGGGGGGAAAUAGUAAAUACCUGAUAUAUACAAUAUGUGUGUAUGUGUGUGCUUGUUUGUGUGUGUUCCAUGUGUGUGUGUAAGAUCUGUUUUUUCCUCCAUUUAUCUCAUAUUUGGUGUCGUUCUUCUCCAUUAUUUCUUGUUUGACUUCAUAAUAUGGCAGCUUUCAAUAAACUUUAAUGUAUUAAGCCCGCA